CAAAUUGCAGUUCAUUAUGAGUCUGUGGUGGCUGGACAGCUCAGUGACCUGGAGUACCUGGCUGCAGAGUCAGAGGUUGGAAGUUUGAUUCCCUGCUGUGUAUCCCAGGAGAAGAAACCAGUUUGAGCAGCCUUGGGCAAGCUGCAGAGUCCCAGAGCAAUUCCCCACCCCUCAGAAGGCACAGGGUGUAGGAUGCUGGCUCCGGCGAGGCUAGGUUUGCCCACAUGACCUUUGUGACCAUCAUGCUGUGUCCAUGGCGUGGGAAGCUGAAGCUAUUGCUUGCCACAGUGACUCUGGUCUUCCUCAUCUCCUGGCUGUACCUCUUUAUGGGUAAUCUAGAGUAUGGAUGUCCCCUCAUGCUUCCUCCUUGCUUUGGGGAACAGUCAAGCCGGUACUUUGACCGUGAAGCUUUGGUGUCCCAAGUUCGGAAAGUGGAAGAGGAAAACCAGCUGCUGAGACUUCAGCUCAGUCAUUCUCAGGCACAGGAUGAAACGCUGGAUAUAACAGAUGGCAGCCAGCAAAGGGGAGAGUUCACAGAAGACCAGAAUGGACAGAACAACCAUACUGGCUGCCCAAAGCAGAGGAUGGUUCAGAAGUGUGAGCUCCUCCAUGUUGCAAUUGUGUGCGCUGGAUACAAUGCAAGUCGAGAUGUCGUUACCCUGGUGAAAUCCAUCCUCUUCCACAGGAAGAACCCACUUCAUUUCCAUCUCAUCACUGACUCGGUGGCCAGGCAGAUCCUGCAGACCCUGUUCCAGUCCUGGGUGGUGCCCUCGGUUCACAUUAGCUUCUACAAUGCGGAUGACCUGAAGCCAGAUAUUUCCUGGAUCCCAAACAAACAUUACUCUGGAAUCUAUGGGUUGAUGAAGCUGACACUUACCAAGGCUCUGCCCUCCAAUCUCUCCAAGGUCAUUGUCCUGGACACAGACAUCACCUUUGCCACAGACAUUGCUGAACUGUGGGCUAUCUUUGGGAAGUUCUCAGACAAACAGGUGAUUGGUUUGGUGGAAAACCAAAGUGAUUGGUACCUUGGGAACCUCUGGAAGAACCACAGACCAUGGCCAGCACUGGGGCGUGGCUUCAAUACGGGUGUGAUCCUGUUGCUGCUGGAGCGCCUGCGCAGAAUUGGCUGGGAGCAGAUGUGGCGGCUGACAGCUGAGCAGGAGCUCAUGAGCAUGCUGUCCACUUCACUGGCAGACCAGGACAUCUUCAAUGCAGUCAUCAAACAGAGCCCAACAUUAGUGUACCGGCUCCCUUGCUUCUGGAAUGUGCAGCUCUCUGAUCACACCCGUUCAGAGCAGUGCUAUACGGAGGUGUCUGAUCUCAAGGUAAUUCACUGGAACUCUCCCAAGAAGCUGCGAGUGAAGAACAAGCAUGUGGAGUUUUUCCGGAACCUCUACUUGACCUUCUUGGAGUAUGAUGGCAACCUGCUGCGUAGAGAGCUCUUUGGCUGUGCCAGCCUUCCCAGCUUUCCCAGUGGCCAGCUGCAGCAAGCCCUGGAGGAGCUGGAUGAAGAUGAUCCUUGCUACGAUUUUCGGAGGCAAAGCCUUAUUCAACAUCGUGUGCAUCUCUUCUUUCUUCAGUAUGACUUCCCAGCCUCAAAUAAUGAUGCUGAUGUGACUCUUGUAGCUCAGCUGUCCAUGGACAGGUUACAGAUGCUGGAGGCCAUUUGCAAACACUGGACAGGCCCUAUCAGCCUGGCAUUGUAUAUGUCUGAUGCUGAAGCCCAGCAGUUCUUGCGCUACGCUCAGGCCUCAGAAGUGCUGAGCAGCCGCAGGAAUGUUGCCUAUCACAUUGUGUACAAGGAGGGACAGUUUUACCCUGUGAACCUCUUGCGCAACAUAGCGCUGAAGAACGCACAGACGCCCUACAUCUUCCUGACGGACAUUGACUUCCUACCUAUGUAUGGCCUCUAUGAUUACCUCAGGACUACCAUCCUGCAGCUGGAGCUGCCCCAAAGGAAGGCAGCUUUGAUUGUGCCUGCAUUUGAAACUCUGCAUUACCGCCUAACCUUUCCCAAAUCCAAAGCGGAGCUGGUCUCCAUGCUGGACGUGGGCUCCCUCUAUACCUUCAGGUACCAUGUGUGGCCACAGGGCCAUGCAGCAACAGAUUAUGCCAAGUGGCGGACAGCCACAGUGCCGUAUCAAGUGGAGUGGCAGCCACACUUUGAACCUUACGUUGUAGUAAGGCGUGACUGUCCCUUGUAUGACCAGAGGUUUGUAGGCUUCGGCUGGAACAAAGUGUCCCACAUUAUGGAGCUUGAUGCCCAGGAGUAUGAGCUGCUGGUCCUGCCCAAUGCCUUCAUGAUCCACAUGCCUCAUGCUCCCAGUUUUGACAUAUCCAAAUUCCGCCGGAGCUCCAGCUACCGGGACUGCCUGAAGACUCUGCGGGAAGAAUUCCAUCAGGACCUGUCACGCAAGUACGGUGCUGCUGCCCUCAAGUACCUCACUGCUGAGAGAAGCCUGUGAAUUACAACUUAUGCACCAAAGGAGAGUCUGUGGAAGACCUGCAGAAGGACAGGGGUCCUCGCUUCCUGGAGAGGCUCAAACCUGCAGGAGAGUCACACUUCCAGGGGUAACCUGGUGGUAUCAUCCUUCCUGGCUUCAGGGUUAUGCAUAUUCAGUGGGAAACAAACCCAAAUUCUCCUCAGACUAAACUAGGUGAGCUAUAUUUUUAUGACUCCGUUACCUGUUCCAUACUGCCUCCAGAUUAAGGGGAAGAUACACUGUGGGGUGUAUUUUCCCCACAAGUAGCCCAAACCCCUUGUGGUCUUAGUUUUGUGGUGGGCAUGCAGUUCAGGUUUCUUCUACUAUUUUGCAUCUCUGCAUCAAUCAACUAGCACAGCUGUUUACUUUCUCCACAGUUUUUAGUUCUUGUAUUUGAUCUUGCAUACCUUAGAAAGUAUAGCUGUAAAUGGGUACGAGUCGUGAUGGAUAUAGAUCACCUCCAAUAUCAGAAGCAAUAUAUUUUUGAAUCUCUGGGCAGAGGAACACAAGGGAGAGUGUGGUGUUGCUAUUGUUAUAUUCACAUUUUAUUCUGAGCUCCCCAAAGG